AUGGCCGGAUUAGCCGACAUGGAGGCGCAAUCGUUUCACGUACUAGCGGUCGACGACAGCCUCAUCGACCGGAAAUUAAUCGAGAAACUUCUCAAGACCUCUUCUUAUCAAGUUACUGCUGUGGACUCUGGAGUAAAGGCCCUUGAGUAUUUAGGUUUACUUGAUGAAGAAAAUCAUACAGACUUAGCUCCAAAUCAUCAUGAAGUGAAAGUGAACAUGAUCAUCACAGAUUAUUGUAUGCCCGGGAUCACCGGUUACGACCUGCUUCGAAAAAUUAAGGAAUCGAGAUCGUUUAAGGACGUCCCGGUCGUGAUAAUGUCGUCCGAGAAUGUGCCGUCGAGGAUUAGUAGCUGUUUGGAGGAAGGUGCAGAGGAGUUUUUCCUCAAACCAGUUCAGCUAUCAGAUGUGAACAAACUGAAGCCACACUUGAUGAGGAAAUUAAUUGGGAAACAACAAAGAGAUGAUGAUCAUCAGCCUGCAAAUGGUAAUAAGAGAAAGGCAGUGGAAGAAUGUGUGUCCUCAGAGAGGACAAGAACAAGAUACAAUACUUGUGUUGACUUGGAAGGAUAG